GGGAAACGACGAAGAGCAGCAGAAACCAAGCAGCAAAGAAAGAGAAGAUGACAUUUGUGCUGAAGGUCGCCGGCGUGUUUGGCUUGGGAGAAUCGCUUCUCCCUAAGCUCGGGAUUCCGUCUAUAAGAAUCGGCGUCUCUGUGCCCAACAUUCUCCAGCCAUCACUGGCGGAGCAGGAGCACCAGCACCACGGCACGAGUCUUGAAGAACGUCUGUGUGAACACAGCGAGAACGUGCGUGCAUCCGAACACGGAGUGGAGAUCGACGCAGGCAUCCUCAAGGCUGCGCCAAAGAAGAAGGUGUCGCACAUGAAGAGAAGACAGAGACUUUACGGGCCGGGCGAGAAGCACAUCAAGCUCAAGGACAACUUGAACAGAUGUCCUGCGUGCGGACACUACAAGAGAUCGCAUUUCCUAUGCAUGAACUGCGUGGGCCAGAUAAGAAAGUACUGGAAGGAAAGAGACGCCCCAGCGCCAAGAGCACAGGAGGAGUUUGUGAACCCGCUGGAUGAACAGGUGCUCUAUCCGGGAAAGACCGAGAGGGAGCACGAGAAGAAGUUGAAGUCGAAGGACUGGCUUCUCAAGAGGCCUAAGACUCUCCCAGUCGAGUGAUCGACAGAAGGAGGCCCCGUCCAGAGCCGCCCUCCACCGUGUAUGUUCCUGUCCCUAUCGCAUUACUCCCUCUUUUAUAUACAGCCACCAAACAUGUAAAUACCAUCCCUAUAUACUGCAGGAACGUUCUGCAUCUUUGAGAAUGAAGCUCCGUAGCCGUCACUCGAUUUCCAGCUAAAAUUUUCCAGGCUGUGC